UUUUCGAUUUAGUGUUUGAAGCUUGAACUCAAGGUGGAAGAGUGUAAACCUGCUAUGGCUGAUACAACAGAGGAGAAAUCAUUUGUUUUUGGGGUCCUAUCCAAGCGCCACCAACGACAAUUAUCAAGUGUUCAACACAAGACCACAAUUCAGUAUGCUACACGACCUGAUCUACCAAAGCUGGCCUAUAGGAAACUGAAAGGGAAGAGUCCUGGAGUGGUUUUCUUGCCUGGGUUUGCCUCUGUCAUGGGUGGACAGAAGGCAGAAGCAUUAGAGGAGCUCUGCAAGUCUUUAGGUCACUCAUACCUCACGUUUGACUAUUCUGGCUGUGGUUCAUCUGAAGGGGAAAUGGGUAACUACAACAUUGGUGCCUGGAAGAAAGAUGUGCUCUAUGUACUGGAUGAACUAGUAGAAGGGCCACAGGUGAGUGGAUUAACAGCGUGACGACACUGGAUGGUCUGGACAAAUCGAAUUUUAUUUUAAUUUGAAAGAUUGCAUUUUACCAGCACAAAUAUUCAUUCAAUUAUUUGAAUACAAAUGAAUUGAAUUAUGCACAUAACCAAAGUAAAAUCAACUCUAGUCCAGAAUUCUUUUGGCAUGAGAUGAUGUCUACAGGAAGCAAUAGUA